CGAAACAUCAGCGACAACACAAACACGAAUGACAGAUGCGCGAUCGGGGAGCAGAGCAACGGAGCAAAAGUGGCAGCAGGGGCAACAGUGGCAGUAGGGGCAGCAGGGGCAGCGAGAACCUCGGAGGAGGAUUUAAACGGGUUUCACUAGGAUGUGUUAGAUCCAUCUGGCCUCACCAGAAGUGGCUCUUUUUAUGCGUUUUAUUCAUUUCGGUGAAUCAUGGAGGCUGCGUUCAUCAAACUGCUGCCUGGGGUUGAAUUUCUCUCCGCGUCUUUCGCAUGCUUCGGUAUUUUCCUUCUGCUUUUUUAUCUAUUGAGGCAGCACCAACUGAGCAAACAGUUGCUUGUGAACAUCCCUCCGGGCCCAAAGCCACUUCCGGUGGUAGGUAAUUUCGGCAGUUUGCUCGUGCCCCCGUUCAUUCUGCGUCUGUUCGUGCAGAAAGCUGAAGAGUAUGAAAAGAAGAGGACCAGCCCGCUUUCCCCGCAGGUCGGCUUGACGCAGUUGUCGAAGAUUUACGGUAACAUCUAUAGCCUGUUUGUGGGCAGCCAGCUGGUGGUGGUGCUGAACGGGUACGAGCUGAUCAGAGACGCGCUGUCCAAUCACCCCGAGGCUUUCUCUGACCGACCUGACAUCCCCCUGGUCACCAUUCUCACCAAGCGCAAAGGCAUUGUGUUUGCACCUUAUGGUCCAAUCUGGAGAAAACAGCGCAAGUUCUGCCACACGACCCUUCGAAACUUUGGCUUGGGAAAGUUGAGCCUGGAGCCCUGCAUCCAUGAGGGAUUCGCUAUGGUCAAGGCUGAGCUGCUGAAGCAAAACAAGGAGGCAGGGGGACAAGGCGUGGACCUGACACCUUUUAUCAGCAAUGCCGUGUCCAACGUGAUCUCCUCGAUCAGCCUGGGCCAGCGAUUCCACCACCAAGACAAGGAGUUCUGUACGCAGCUGAACCACAUGUCCCACGGUCUGGAGAUCAGCAUGAAUAGUGCUGCCAUGCUCAUCAACAUCUUCCCCUGGCUUUACUAUGUUCCCUUUGGCGUCUUCAAGCAGCUCCGCCAAGUGGAAAGGGACAUCACGGCGUUCCUAAAGAAGAUCAUAGCCAGGCACAGGGCUACACUGGACCCCGAGAACCCCAGGGAUUUAAUCGAUAUGUAUCUGGUGGAGAUGUUGUCUCAGCAAAAAACAGGCGGAUCCGAGGAGGGCGGGUUCACUGAGGACUACCUGUUCUUUAUAAUAGGGGACCUGUUUAUUGCAGGGACAGAUACAACCACUAACAGCAUCCUGUGGAUGGUACUGUACAUGUGUUUACAUCCAGAUGUCCAAGAGAAGGUCCAGCGAGAGAUCGAUGCUGUACUGGGACGUGGAAGGCUGCCGUCGCUGACUGAUAAGGGCACACUGCCCUACACCGAAGCCACCAUCAUGGAGGUGCAGAGAAUGGCUGUGGUGGUACCUCUGGCUAUUCCUCACAUGGCCUCCAAGACUACAGAGUUUCAAGGGUAUACCAUUCCUAAGGGGACAAUCAUCAUUCCCAACCUCUGGUCAGUCCAUAGAGAUCCCAGUGUAUGGGAGAAUCCAGAUGACUUCAAUCCUUCACGGUUUUUGGAUGAACAAGGCCAGCUUCUGAGGAAGGAAUAUUUUAUUCCAUUCGGAAUCGGUCGGAGAGUGUGCAUGGGAGAACAGCUGGCCAAGAUGGAGAUCUUCCUGAUGUUCACUAGCCUGAUGCAGGCUUUCACAUUUCGCCUUCCCAAGGAACAUCCACCCCUGUCCAUGCACGGACGCUUCGGCCUCACUCUGGCUCCGUGUCGCUUCAGAGUGUGUGUAACACCACGCUAACUGCAGUCCAAACAUAAUCAGAAAAUCUCAGAGGCAGUAACUUUUUUUUUUUUUUUUUUUUUUUUACCUAAAAUGCUUUUUUAUGGCUAUGAAUCAUUUCAAUAAGGGAAGGAGCUCUAGUGAAGCUGCUCAUCAAAAAAUUUCAACUGAUUUCCAUAAUGUGAGACUGUGAAAUUAUGGCUUCAGCUUCAGUUGUUUGUACCAAAGGAUUUCACUUAAUUGUGUCCAAUAUUAAUGCACAGUAUCAGUAUACUGUUAUACAAAAAUAUAUAUCUUUUUUAUUCAUUUCUAAUUUUACCUUCAGCUAUUGCACUUUACUACACUAUAAAUGUAUGUGUCUGACCAUUUCAAAAUCAGAAUCUUAAUAUUGUAACAUGAAAACAGAGCAUUUACAUUUCAUAUUAUUAUUUUGAUUUUUUUAAGCUUUAGCACCUUAUGAUCUGUGGCCAGAAUCUUCUUCAAUGAUCUUUGUUUAUCUUUCAUUAUUUAAGCGCAUUUUAUGAAGCUGUGUACAUUUAUUACCUAAAAAAGCUGUACUUCAUUAAUAAUUGCUAUAAAAUUAGGGAACUGAUAUGAAACAGUUCAAGAUAAUUAGUCGGUUUGAUUUCUCUGACUGAACAAGCCAUCAAUUGAAAUGAACUGCAGUUUGAUAAAUGGUUAUCUGAUCACUUCUGGGAGAUGCUGUAAAAAUAAUGUGAUGUGCAAGUGGCCUUAACAGCAUUUAAAGUUAAUGUAUGAAUCUCUGAUUUGUAGACAAUGCAAGUGAAAUGUAUUGCACUAAUGUGUUAUAGAUGAAGAUCAAUGCAUAAAUACUACAGUAUGUAAAAUUAAUCUAUAGGGAAUCUUAUGGGACUGUUCUCUUUUUUUUAUUAAAUAGGGCAUUUACUGUGUUCUUUCCUGUUGAAUGCCUUAAUACUUGAAGCUUUAGUUUUAUUUGACCACUGAAAUAAAUUAAUAAAAAUAAA